AUGGGAGCUGAUGGAUCUGUUUGUUCAUGCAGUGAGCGUGCCAGUAACGGUCUCACAAGUCAAAGUCUCUCAAAAUUCCACUUUACAGAUGGAUGUGUAAAGGUAGUUGACUAUACUGGGAUGUUCCCAGCAGUUCACUCAUUACAAGAACUCAAACAUAAAAUGCUUGACUAUUUGCCAUAUGAGUUGCAAUGUAUCAAGGAUAUUGAUAUUGACCCUGUUCAUAGCUUUGUAAGAGUAUUCUUAAUUUAAUUAAUUUUUAUAUGAUAAAAUAAAGGAUAUUAUAUAAUUCCUUGAAGAACGGGGUUAAUAUAUUUAAUAGUAAAUUCUUAUAGGAUUGAGCUUAAUAUAAUAGGAAUUCAAACAAACUCUAAAGCAUGAAGCGAAAUUAUGCGGUGCGUGCUUUGUGAUCAAUACUUUUUGAUAGUAUCGCAUUUCCUUACUCCCCCCCUCUGUGAGUGAAACAAAACCAUUGAAAAAUCCCUAUUUUUUGCCCAAAAACCCACCCUCUGUGAGCGAAAAAAAUUUUUUUAGUCUAAAAAUUUUUCAUUGAAAAAAAAUUUGAUAUAUAAGUGAUAAUGAAAUCUCAAGCUAAUUCUGUUUAAUUUUUAAAACAAAUUGCGUUUUAAACAUAUUUUAUAAAUUAAAUUAACAUUUGCUUCCCAAUUUUUGCAAAUUAGGAUUUUUUAAAAUUUCGAAAAAAUAUUUUUAUAUAAAAUUUAUAUAUAAAUUUUUUUAAAAAAAAAAAUAACCCCCCUGCGUGAGUGAACAAAAGGGGAGUUAGAGUUUUUCUAUAGAAAUUUUUUCCCUCUUGACGCAUUUGACAGUUUUUUUCAGAGCAAAUGCCUUACUAUCAAAAAUAUUCCUGAGGAAAACUCACACUGUUAAAUUUCUGAUAAUAUGAUAUGCAGCCUAAUUAUGAUAGAAAUUAUUUUUGCAUCAAUUGGCAGAUUUGCUAUUGGGAUAUGGCCAUCAUGGAAAACAAGAGAAGGACAGCCAAAAGUAACAGGAACUAUUGAGUUCCUUUAUAGGUUCAGGGAAAACGCUGUAAAUAAAUUAAACGAUUAAAUUGGCCAUACGGGAAAGCACACUAACCUUUGCCUCGUCUCGGCUUCAAAUAGCCUCCUCCCUGCCCCAUGAGACAAACGAAGGAAGGAUAGGCUGCCAUCUUGAAUUUCCGAUCUGAAUUACCUGCCCAAGGGAUUAACUUCCUAGGGCAGAGCCACCCCUGCAGAGUGCCCGACGGUCCCGACAAUGGAAGGCCAUAUGGUAGGCAAAGCCUGCUCAUCUGUCAGCGACAGGCAAACCUUCGGGGAGAAAUAAAACUUCCCUCUUCGGCAAGGCAUUCCAAGCCAGAAGGCCUACUUCAUAAGGGGCAGAGGUCCUGUUUUCAGCUUCAUCAGGAUGGUUCCUACCUGCUUCAUAGGGAGUGCGCCUCGAAAACCAAUUCCUCCAAAGUCACCAUUUUAUUCCAAAACGCCGUAAGGAAUAUAUAGAAAUAUAUCGGCGGCUUUCAUUUGUUUUUAGACUGAUUGGAUAGGCAUAAAUAUAACCCUUUUGAAGUAUUAGAUGACGAUGAAGAAAACGUCGGAAGAGUUGUGUACUCAAUAUUUAAAUCAAUGGAAAUAAAAGAAGAUGGCUCAGAAAAGAGUUCUUAUUAA